GUGGGUGAGUCGCGUCACGUUGGACCGCACGUGUGGUGACGCCUUUAUACUACGAAACUAUUGUUUAGUGAUUCAAGGAUUUCACAUGUAAAUGAUAAGAUAAGAUAAAAGAUGUGCUCAGCGCCGAGUCAUUCGCAGCGAGUUGGACAGCGUCAUUCUUAAGAAAUGGAAUGACUUUCGAGUAGUGCUAAUAUAUUUUUAAAGUGAAUUAAGAUAUAAUGACGAUAGUGAAUUGAGUAAAAGUUAGAGUGAAAUGUCAAUUUUGUGAGUUAUUGAAGUGAUAGUUGUAGUGAGUCAUGGGUUGUCAGCUGGGUAAGCUGGCUGCUUCUGAGCGAAGAGGAAACAACCAGGAUCUUGGCGAUGGGCCACCACCUGCCACAGAUCCUCGACUGCCUUUAACAGCAAAGCAGAAGUACUCUAUGCUCGCCUCUUGGAAAGGAAUUUCGAGGGCGAUGGAAAAAACUGGAAUUUGCAUGUUCAUUAAGUUGUUCGAAGAAAAUCAAGAUCUGCUGAACAUGUUUGAAAAAUUUCGUCAGUAUAGAACGAAGGAGGAGCAGAUCAACUCGAUGGAGCUCGCUGAACACGCUAACAAUGUUAUGAACACUCUAGAUGAGGGAAUCAAGGGUUUGGACGACUUAGACAAUUUCUUUGAAUACAUCCAUCAAGUUGGUGCGAGUCAUCGACGGAUACCUGGUUUUAAAGUAGAAUAUUUUUGGAAAAUAGAGACGCCGUUUCUCGCCGCCGUGGAAUCAACGUUAGGAGACAGAUACACUCCGAAUGUUGAGAACAUUUACAAAAUAACCAUUAAGUUUAUCCUUCAAACCCUCGUUGAAGGCUACGAGAAGGCUGGGAAAUCAAACGCUAAUACAACGUGAACGAUUCACUUUUGAAACAUUUGUAACUUGUCCUAAAUGUUUUGAAUUUCGUGACACUUUAUUUAGUCUGAAGUUAAAUCUAUUCACUCCGGCGUUCAUAAUACUACGGAAUUUCUAAGAAUUAUAAUUUAUAUAAAUGUAAAGUAACGUUCCGAUACAAUACAACAGAGGGGAAGAACUGACAACGUUUGGAUAUUUACUGCCGAUUUUACUCUGAAAUAAUGAUUUAUCUGUCAAUUCUACGUAUUGAGUUUAGAAGGUGUUACUUAGGAUCUCGCGUAGUUUAGAAAUGCCUAACUACUGUUAAAAUAGAUAUUUGGUGUGACCACAUAGUGAAUAUGAACCUUUUUGUAGAUAUGUAUAUGUUUACCCGUUUAACAAACUAUCAAACGAGUCUGAUAACACGUUUUGGACAUGUUUUAAGGGUUAUGUCAAUUCGUUGCAAAGUACAUGGAAAUAUUUCUACCUGCAUGCAAAUUUGAUUUCUAUCUAUGGCCUUAAAUGUAAGUGUAUCUAAUGUGAAUAAAUGUAUAAAAUAAUAUGAUAUAUUUAUAAUAUUAUUUUAAUGUAUUAUAACGAUCACAUUGGCGGAUAUUUAAAGUAGCUCGUGAAUUUUUUGUUAAUACUAACUUCUUGGAGUAAUAAUUCAAUAAAUGUCCUUUAUUAACAUUAACAUUAUUUUGUUUUUCUUAACAACAGUUACUAUUACGUAUAAAGAACUCAGAAAGAGAUAAAAAUACUUUGAGAAUUCAAGCUUACAGCCCACUCAAAUACCGCAAGUGUGAUCUAAUGAAAACGAGAUAGUCCGAAGCUCUGACGCUUCUAGAUAAAUAUAGAUCUGUAUGUCGAUAUGAAGAUUACUUAUGUAUUAAUUCUUCUUCUUUUCCAAAGCUUUAUAUUUAAUAAGUGUGCGUUACAUAUCUUAGCAGUUUCGCAAUAUAAUAUUUUUAACGACAUAAAAAAAACAGUCACUACUAUUAGUUAUUGUACAUAAUUUACUAUAAGAAUAAUGUUUCGUUUUAACUAUUUAGAUGUUUUAUUCAAGUUUCUUUUAAAUUUAUUGUACAGUUAAAAAUAACUACAACAUUACGUAAUACAGGUUUUUUGUUAAUAAAAUUGUAUCCGGACUAUAACAGU